AUGGCCAAGCAAGAAACAACAGCAACACCAACUCUUGCAAAGGAUUAUUUAUCCAAACGAAAAAUUCCCGAGUUAUUCGAAGCUUUAAUGACUGGGCUAAUGGUGAAUAAACCCGAUGAUCAUAUUGGAUUUCUUAUGGAUUCUCUUUCGCGGUGUAAAGGCAGCAAACAGUCAUUGAAAUGGGACACAUUUGUUAGCCAUAAUAGUGGUAGUCAUAAUGCAUUACCUCCUAUUGAUUCACCGACAGCAAAAUCCGGUGCGACUCAGCCAACAUUAAACAAUCAAUCAAAACUCGCUCCGAUUUCUGGUAAUAAACCAGACGAAACGCCGAAAAACGACAUUCGACCGCCUUCACCCAAACUCGCUCAACAGCAAACUUCGAAAUCUGAGGCUAUGCCUGCGAAGACUGAAGCGCAGUCAGUAAAGACUGCCACUCAACCACCAGCAUCGAAGUCGGAGUCUUCGUCUCACACGAAGCCAGAUGAUACUAAAAACAAAAGUCUACUUCAAGGAAAACCAAUUAUUUUCGUUGGUGGUGGUCCAGGCAGUGGUAAACGAACUCAAUGUCGAAAAAUGGUUGAGAAAUAUGGUUUUUGUCAUUUAUCAGCGGGUGAUCUCAUUCGCAGUGCUGCGCAAGACACAUCGACGGAAAGAGGCCGCUAUUUCAAUGAUACAAUGCUAAAAGGCAAACUCAUUGCAACAGAAGAUAUUCUUGGCUUAAUCAAAGAUGCGGUUUAUGAAAAAGCUAAAAAUGCGUUAGGAUUUUUAAUUGAUGGAUUUCCUCGUCGCAUUGACCAGGGCAUUGAAUUUGAACAGAAUGUUGCUGAGUGUAAUGUUCUUAUUUAUCUGGAUGUUCCCGAAGAUGUGAUGGCUACACGCUUAAUCAAACGUGGUGAAAGUAGUGGUCGAAGUGAUGACACCGAACAAAUUAUCAAGAAACGUAUACAAACUUUUCAUGAUGAAACCAAACCCAUUCUUGGUCAUUAUGGUAAACAAGGAAAGUUAAUUACCAUUGAUGCGAAUCGACCAAUUGACGAAGUAUCAGACGAUUUAAUCGACGCAUUCACUGGAUUGAUGAGCCAACAGCAAGUAGUUCUUCCGGAUCGAUCCUCUAUGGAAAAAUUGAAGAACAAGAAAAUUAUUUUUGUGGUCGGUGGACCAGGCUCAGGAAAAGGUACACAAUGCGAACGCAUUGUUCAGAAAUAUGGUUUUACGCAUUUAAGCACUGGUGAUCUUCUUCGUGAUGCUGUUCAAUCGAAAAGUGAACGUGGCGAGCAACUGAAUGCUUUAAUGAAAGAAGGAAAGCUGGUUCCUAUGGAAGUGGUGUUAGAUUUGCUCAAAGAAAACAUGCUUGAAAAGGCAGAUAAAUCUAAAGGAUUUCUCAUUGAUGGUUAUCCACGCGAAGUACCCCAAGCAAAAAAAUUCGAAGAACUGAUUGCUCCAUGUGAUCUUGUUUUGUAUGUCCAAGCAAGUGACGAAACAAUGACGAAACGGUUGUUACACCGUGGUCAAACAUCGGGUCGAGUCGACGACAAUGAAGAAACAAUAAAGAAGCGUUUGAAGACAUUUCAUAAUCAAACAAUUCCGGUUUUGGAUCUUUACGAACGCAGAAAUAAAUUAGUUGAAGUUAAUUCGGAAUUACUGCCUGAUGAAGUUUUCAAAGAAGUCCAACACGCACUGGAUAAUUUACAUUGA